GAAGGAAAAGAAAGAGCUUAGAUGAUAAAAGUAAUUAGUAGAAAUUAAAUUAAUUUUCAAGCACAUUAUAAAUCUGUGGUGGAGAGAGAAUCUACAGCGACUGGCUUUGUGCCUCGACACACCUCGCACAUCAUCAGCUGUUUGUACUCCUCGGCCAGCCUUCGUGCGACGUGAAAAGUGUGAGGGAUGAGGCGACCUUUGCCUGAGGUGGUGACGGACAGGAGGGAGAGUGAGGGGGCACCAGCCACCACCCCUAGCGGCACGCGAGGGUUGGUGCAUCCCUUCCAGUCCCUGGCCACCAGAAUGCUGCUGCCAUCCCUUUGAAGCUGCCGCCCCUCUGCCCUCACCGCCCAUGACAACACGAAGAUGGUGAAGAAAAAGAAAUCUAAAUGUGUCGAAAGCAAAUCCUCGGAACCAGCAACACCCUCGCAGGACCAUGAGUGCUUAAAAGAUGAAAUUUAUGAGAACUUUUAUAAUUACGAACGGAAAACUCAACAUCCUCUCACAAGUUUGAAGACGAAAGUAAUAAAAACACAAAACGAGACUAAUUUCUGUAUUUUACUAGAGAAAGAAAAUGUGAACUUGGAUGCUCGAGGGUGAAAAUACCUAGAGGCGAAGAAAACGGGAUGCCAGUUGAUGUGCAAGAUAGAGGGACGGAGAGGGUGGUGUGAGGCGCGGGGGGAAGGUGACGAGGGCCCGGGUGGAAGACGAUGCGCGCCGUGGAGCCUGGCACACCACACCCCGCCCGCACCCUCACCCCGCAGCGCUCAGUACCGACGCCAGAGUUGCUGCAUCGCCAAAAUCCCUUCCUCCCUCUCCCCCCCUUCUCCUUCAUCUGCCCUCCUCCGCGUCCCACCAGCCUACUCCCAACCUAGCACCGUCCCGCAUCUCGCUCCAGACAGCUUCCCCAACCUCGGUGUUUGUGACGCGGAGGAGCGACUCCUGUCCAUUAACCCCGAGGGAGAGUGCUGGAGUGAGGGCAUGAUAGCUGGCAAGAAAACAGAAGGGUCUGUGGAGACUUGUCAGCGAAAAGAAGAGAGAAAGGCUGGGAGAAAAGCGAGAAAAGUCGAUCGCGGAGGGAAACAAAGCAGUUGGGUACAACGGACUCUGAGUGAGGCACGAGCGAGUGAAGCGAGAGUGAGAGGACUGGUACUCCAAUCUGUUUGUCGAGGAUUAGUUGCAUGUAAUCAUCGUCACCUUACCAGUCUCCGGAGGAACGAUCCACGAGAACUGCCAGCAAGGAGUGGUGCCUCCAUCCCCCACCUACGGUUCCUCGUAUGGUGGAUGUUGCCCACUCGGUUCAGAGGUAAAGCGUCAUCACCUGCUUCAAAUAAAAGGGGGAUGUGUUGUUGUUCCUCAAAGUCUUACGGUGUCGAGGAGAGUAAGCAUCGCUGCCCUCUCGCCCACACUGCGCACCAGCACCACGAUCCCAACAAUAACUUGCAAAACUACAAGCUAGCAGUAAAGGCCAAACAACCAGACAGAGAUCAAAUUAAGGCUGUAACCUGGGGAAGUACUGUCAUACGCCGGCUAAGAGGCAAAGUGACCUACUGGGGUCAGAGACAACGGAAACGCUGUAAACUAAAUAGUUUCUCGCUGUUCAGACGACGUCAACAUCUUACUACAUCCAGUUCAAAGACGAGUGCAAAUAUAAAGUCCUUUUACAAGAAAGUAGAAUAUUCAGAAACUCACAAUAAAGAAGAUUGGAGACACGUCCACACCGCAGAUCCAGGCACAGUGGAAGGCAUCAGUAAGCCAGUGUUGCGGGCGAGUGGAGCGGAGGGCGGCCAGCAGAAAGGAGACAAGGCUCCUGAUUCUCAUGGCCGACCGUGGUGGGCUGUCAACGGAAGUAACAGCGAAAGUGGUGACGACCCUGGCCAAUGCACAGGACAAUAUGCCAAUGACUCCAGGGCAAUACAUGAUGCCUCCACCAAAAAGUCGACACACAACAGGAGCUUCGACGUCUACACCUCCAGACGAAAAAAACUAUACAAAAGUAACGAAGGUUUGCAGCGCAGUGUGAGUAUUGAUCAGAGUAGAAGCGAUGACGACAAUUUCUUCAGCUUCAUUAAGUACAGAGACAAAUCACCUAAUAGAGGAGCUAAAACCGAAACUAUUUCCAGUAGUAGCGAAGAUCCAGCGGCUGACCUGAAGACAGUGCUUAGAUCAAGACCAAAUAAAUCUUCUGACAGGAAAAGGUCCAGCAUUGGCAGGCGUACUGAGGCUGCCCACAAGCGAUCUGGAGGCGAGUCCAGUCGGUCGAGACGCAGACAAGCUAAGAAGGUUGAGCGGUCGCCCAGCAGUCGUUCUUCCAGCUCGUCAAGAUCUGGAUCGGCUACAAGAGUCAGGGCGUCGGGAGGACUUGGUCUUGGAUCUACCUCUCGUGUAAAGAAGAACAGAAGUCCCAAGGAGACUAACGAAACUUUCCUUCCUGUUGAAGAUAACUGCAAAGAUGAUACUAAGGAAUUUCUUAGAAAACUAGAUCGUAUCCUCACUGACUUAGUGGAAAACGAAAAAAGAAAAAUUAGCAGUUACGGCCUGCCGAGUGUACAGAAUUCCACAGAGGGGGAAGUUUCAUUGAACAGGACGUCCAAGAAAAAAGGUCACAAACAUAAACACAGAAAGGCGAACAAGGAGCGAGACCAACCACACAUAGAUAAGGAAAAGGAAGAAGCAAGUCCCAGUCUGCAGCAACUACGGGCAACUCUCAGAACAGUUCGAUUGAGGAAGAGGCCCACGCAGCCCACAGCCGACGUCUUGGAUACACACUCUCGAUGUUUUACAGAAAAGCAGCCACACAAUCCACGCAUUCUCAGGUCCCAACAAGGCUCACAGCUACUCUCACACCGCUGUUACCAGCCGCCCAGACGUAGGCAGCCACGUUCACAGUUACAUGACAAACGUUACCCUUCAGAUUUUUGUUCAUCUGAUGAAGACAAAACGCCAAUAGAAGGAACAUGUCAGGAUAUCCCACAAAGGCAGCCUCUUGACGACACUAAUGGAGAUGACCAACAACAGCAAGCAAGUAGUUCUCACAAAGAGGAUGAGGACGACAUCUGCUAUGGCACUGACUACCACGGCUCUCAGGGCCCACCGGUCCGGCGGCCCACCACCAGCCCAUCUCAUCUAACGCAACGCUUAAUGGAGGCAGCUGAUUCAGGGGACCACAGCGUGGACAGUGCCUACACAGGAAGUCGCGGUGCCACACCCGAGAGUAUCCUGUAUCCCAGCGUGAAGCCCCGCCGCACGGGCAGCAGCCUUAACACACCAUUCACUGGAGCCCGGCCCCGCCCGUCACGGCUCCCCCGUUGCUCCCCUAAAGCAGAGCGACUGCAGCAACUCAAAAGAAAUAUCUUGAGCGAUAUACGAGAGGGCGGUCUGUACAGUGAUGAAAGCAUCAAUUCUCUCCUUGAACAGUACCGUAGACGUUAUUGCCAUUUUUCUUCUACAGAUCUCGCCUUGGUAACGCGGAGUAUUCAAGAUGACCUCGGGGUUAAGCCACGUCCUGCCGAGUACCUUUACCAGAUCUUGAUCACCUCUGAAGACGAUCACUCACCCUCGUCUACUCACAACACUACUGAUGCCACGACCACAGACACCACACUCCUGACGAAGGCUCCAUCUUCUGUCAGGCCUGGUACAUUUCAAUUGCAACACGAAGGUGGAGAGCAGCAGACCUGCUCUGCCCCAGCACCCACCCCAAUCCAUAACAGCAACGAUGGUGCCUCUCUCUUGGGCCAAGAAGAAGCCGAUGAGGCAUGGGCCAAGUCGGUGCUGGGGGAAGUGGCACCGGAAUUGGUCCAGGAGGCGAAGAUGGAGGCGAGACAGAGGCACCAAGAUGAUGAUGGUGAUGCGGAGUGUUCCACCUACGUCGCUGAUCUGUGUCAUCAGCUUCAACUUAAAAUAUGAAUCAAAAUAAGUAUAUAUUUUGAUCAAUAAACAAGAAUCAAAUACCUCGUUGUAAGUGCGCUAAGGAUUUCUUCUUAGGCUACCCUCAACCUCGCUCAGCCCAAGGCCUGGACAGUUUCUGUGUGGUGUGCGGUCCGACACCAGACCGCGCGUGCUCGUGAAGAUAGUGUUGUAUUAUUUUCAGGUGGGAUAAGUUCGAUGAUCUCGGCACUUUAGACAGUAAGAUGCGACGGUUCGUGUGGUCGCCCAAACGGGAGUUUGAGAAAAAAUAUGAAGCAGUGGUGCAUGAAGCUGGCGGGGCGCAAGCCUCUUAUAGAGGUUCGGUUCACUCUCGCCGAGUGGUUUUAAGCUAUCCUGUGUUUUACUCUCAUAUUACUCUUAUCUUUCACUGCCUUUGUGAGGAAAAAUAUGAUGAGUCGCACGGGCAACAUCGCGCAGAGACUACAAGAGCGUGGCGGCGAUGCAAACACGAAAUGGUGAUAGUAUCUAAUGACAACAAUAAUAUUAAUCAUUAUAACUA